AUGUCGACCACGCCCAACGACGAGAAGUUCGAUUACCCUGCGUCCCCGGUAGUCGACGAGCUGAAGGGCUCGGACCUGUCGCACGCGGACGAAGGGUAUCAGACGUAUGUGACGACGGCGGACACGGUCCCGGUGGACGAGGAGGAGAGCAAGCGCAUUGCGCGGAUGCUGGAUUGGCGGUUGUUGCCGUUGAUGUGCGUGCUGUACGGUCUUUGCUAUGUCGAUAAGACGGCCAUGAGCUGGGCGGUGUUGUUCAACUUUCGGGAGGACCUGAAGUUGAAGGGGGAUGAUUACUCGUGGGCGAGCUCGAUAUUCUGUCACGGCUACCUUGGCGGGCAAUAUCCUGCGGCAUGGCUGAAUGCACGCUUCCCAACCGCGAAACUCAUCGCUUGCGCCACUAUAUGCUGGGGCUCACUUAUGAUCGCCCAUAUCGGCUGCAGAUCGUACGGCGCGCUCAUCACCGUCCGCUUCCUACUCGGUGUCGCUGAGGCUCCAAUUGUCCCGACCUUCGUCAACUACACGUCCGUGUGGUACACGCGGAAGGAGCAGGUCUUCCGCUCGCUCAUUUGGGGCGCGAUGCAGGGCUCGUUCUACAUCAUCUUCACGCUCGCAUCGUACGGACUGGGCCACAUCACCGGCACCAAGAUCGAGUCCUGGGCGUACAUCUUCCUCGUCCUCGGCCUGCUGUCGAUCCUCACGGGCAUCGGGUGGAUGUUCAUGCCGGAGGUGCCGACGAAGGCGAAGUUCUUGACGGAGGAGCAGAAGAUUAUUGCUGUUCGCCGCGUUGCGGAGAAUAUGACGGGGACGAAGGGGCAUACCUGGCAAAACUACCAAAUCAAGCAUGCGUUCACGGACCCGAUGGCAUGGACCAUCUGGAUCUACUGCUUCAUUGCUAUGGUCCCGAACGGCGGCUUGACGAGCUUCAACCAGUUGGUCAUCAAGGGCUUUGGCUUCACAACGUUCCAAACGCUCCUCGUGGGCAUGCCGCAGAGCAUUGUCUCUUCGGGAAGUAUGGUCGUAUGGUCACUACUCUCCAUCAAGUACGGCAACUUGCGGACGCUUGGGUUGAGCUUGCCUCUCAUCCCCGCUAUCGCUGGUAUCGCGACUGUAUACGCAACUGAAGACGGCAACUACAGCAAGUGGGGUCGCGUCGUCGCAUACUGGCUGAUUAACAGCUACGCCGUUACGUGGCCCUUUACUUUGACUGUACUCGGUCAGAACUUCGCGGGUCACACCAAGCGUGCCGUCGUGUACGCGAUCCUAAUGUGCUGCAAUGCGGCGGGUAACAUAUCGGGCCCCUUCAUGUUCCCGGACAGCGAUGCGCCGCGAUACACGAAGGCGCUCACCAUCAUCUUGUGCAUGUUCUGCGCGCAGUUUGCCAUCGGUGUCUUCAUGCGCCUAUACAUGGCCCGCUUCAACGUGCACCGGGACCACAAGUACGGGAAGGUGACCGGGUCCACAGACUUGACUUUCCAGGGCGCGAAGGCUGGGCUAUUGGACAAGACAGACCAGGAGAACAAGGAGUUCCGAUACGUGCUGUAGAUCUUCAUCCUUUCUUCUCUCUGAAUUCUUUUGGGCGAAUGCACGGCUUGGGUGAACUUC